AUGAAUCCAACGACCUCGCCUCGAUUCGAUCCAGAUGAAGCAACUCCUAUACCCUCCAAGGCCCCUUCACUCUCAGGCCUAGAGAAAGAUAACCAGAGGGCUAGUGAAUCUACCCAGUCCGGUUCGGUUGGUCUUCCUCGCUCCGAAACCAUACGUUCAGCGGCAACUGCUGUCAAUGAAAAGGCGCAAUAUACUGGCUCCGGUACCCCCGAGGACCCAUAUAUCGUUGAUUGGGCGCCGGGAGAUCCCCAGAAUCCGUUCAACUGGUCACCGGCCAAGCGAUGGAGAAUUACAGCAAUUCUCGCCCUUACCACUCUAUGCAUUGCCUUCGCUUCAAGUUCAUAUUCUGGUGGCCUUCAGUUUAUGAUGGCUGAGCUUCACAUGUCACAAUAUGUCGGCAUCCUUGGCAUCUCGCUUUAUGUUGUUGGCUUUGGUCUUGGACCACUCGUAUGGGGUCCGUUAUCAGAGAUGUAUGGUCGAAGACUCAUAUUCAUGAUCUCUUUUCUGCCCUUUGUGCUCCUUCAUCUUGGAGGCGCCCUCGCCCACAACAUUCCAACAUUGCUGGUUACCCGAUUUUUGGCCGGCUCCUUCGGCUCUUCCCCGUUGACAAAUGCGGGAGGCACUAUCGCUGACAUGUUCACCGCAAAGGAACGUGGUCUCGCAAGCGCACUGUUUGCUAUGGCGCCUUUUGCGGGCCCUGUCCUUGGGCCUAUUGUUGGCGGAUAUGUUUCUGAAUCUCGAGCAGGCUGGCGCUGGAACUUCUGGAUCAUGUUCAUCUUUUCGGCAGUGAUGUUCGUUCUUAGUGUUUCGUUCGUUCCCGAAACAUUUGCUCCAGUUUUGCUCCGUCGUCGCGCCCGCGAGCUUCACGCAGAGUCAGAAGGCAAACUUCACUAUGUCUCUAAAUACGAAAAGGGCAACAAAAAAUCCUUCGGUGAAAUCAUGAAGAUUAACCUGAGCCGUCCAUUCGUUCUCUUGUUCAGAGAGCCCAUCGUCUUGCUCUUUUCUAUCUACACUGCCCUCAUCUACGGAACUCUCUAUGGCCUAUUCGCCGCCUUCCCUGUAGUCUUCCAGCGUGGUCGCCACUUCUCUCCUGGUGAAGGGGGAUUGGCCUUCCUUGGCGUUGGUCUCGGUAUUAUCAUUGCAACUGCUUGCACUCCAAUUAGCAACAAAAUUUACUACCGCGCGAUGGAAAAGGGCAACGGUGUCGCUCCGCCCGAAGCUCGCCUCGUCAUGGCUUGCGUGGGAGCUAUUUUGCUCCCUAUUUCCAUGACCUGGUUCGCAUGGACGACUUACCCAUCGGUGCACUACAUCGUGCCCAUCAUUGCCGGUGUACCGUUUGGUGCAGGCAUGCUCUUCGUGUUUACGUCGGUCAUUUCGUACCUGAUCGAUUCGUACACUCUUUACGCCGCUAGCGCGCUCGCUGCCAAUGCGGUCUUGCGAUCUAUCAUGGGUGCGGCCUUCCCUCUGUUCACACCUCGCAUGUAUGCGUCCCUUGGCGACCAGUGGGCGUGCAUGGUCUUUGCCUUCCUCGCUCUCGCCUGCACACCUAUGCCCUUCCUUUUCUACCGCUUUGGUCCUGCCAUUCGCGCACGUUCCAAGUUUUCGGUUAGCCCACCAUCCGGUAACCCGGUUCCCCAAGCUAUCGAACGUGAACUGGAGCGGGAAGCCGAAGUCGAAGCCGAAAAGCGCCAUACUGACGCCCGCUCGGCUGCAUAA